AUGAAUUCCCCUAUCUCCUUCCUUGCUAUCAUCCUUCUUGUUCUUCACAUUGUUUCAUCAGUCUCAGUCUCAGCUUCAUAUGCAUAUGAUCCCCAAAAAAUAGACCCAUCUCUGAAGACCCAGAAAGUUAAGAAAUGGGUUCAUAAGACUCCCAUUGCACCCAGUCUCAUUAGGCUUCACUUCCAUGAUUGUGCCAUCAGGGGAUGUGAUGGUUCGAUACUACUGGACUACGAUGGAAGUGAGAGGAAAGCGAAUGCAAGCAAGACAUUGAGGGGAUUUGAAGUGAUCGACGAUAUAAAAGCAGAGACUGAGAAGAAGUGUCCAAAGACAGUGUCUUGCGCGGACAUUCUAACAUCUGCGGCAAGAGAAGCCACCGUUGAGGUCGGAGGUCCCUUCUGGAUGGUACCUUAUGGAAGGAAAGAUGGUCGAGUCUCUCAUGCUGCUGAAGCGGAAAUGGUGCCAAUGGGUCAUGAAAAGGUCACUGAUCUUAUUGAGUUUUUCCAGUCCAAGGGCUUGAAUGUUCUUGAUUUGGUUGUCCUCUCAGGAAUGCACACCAUAGGACGGAGUACCUGCAGUGCACUACAAUACAGGCUAUACAACUUCCAGGGAACAGGCCAACCCGACCCGUCAAUCAACCCACAAUACUUGAACUACCUGAGGAGAAAAUGCAGAUGGGCCUCGGAAUAUGUGGACCUUGAUGCCACAACCCCAAAGACCUUUGAUAUUGAAUACUACAAAAACCUUGAAAACAACAUGGGACUCCUACCCACUGAUCAAAUUCUCUACUCUGAUUCUAGAACUUUCCCUCUUGUGACAGCAAUGGCUACCCAGCCCCCGGUUUUCUACUCCCAGAUGGCGGUGUCGAUGGCCAAGCUUGGAAACAUUCAGGACUACUCCAGUGAAGACGGAGGCGAAAUCCGAGCGAAUUGCAACUAUGUCAAUCCUUCUUACUAGAAGCCCGGUCCAGUUUCAGUGAUGUUAGGGACUAAAAAUUAAAACACAGAAAAAUAUUAAGAAAAAAAGUGUAAGUCCCAUAAUAUAGAUUUUGAAUCUGGCUGCACACUAUUUUUUUGAAUAUUUUUUUGUACAAUAAUGUUAGGUAGUUCAAAAAUUUGUGGCUCAAAUGACUCAAAUGACUCAAAACGACUUUCGUUUUGAAAGUAAAUGAGUGUAAAACGUCGUCGUUUUGACAAAUUUAAACCAUUUGAACCACAAAAUUUUGAGGUACAAAACAUUUUCGUUUUUUGUAUUUGAAUUUUUUUGUUCCUAUCAUUAUUAGUGUUACGUCAAUCGAGAAUAAGG